CGAGUAUCUAGUUGCAAAUAUGCAAUUAUUGUGCACAUGUAGGUCAAAUCCGACGAGAUUUAAAUAGUAUGAGGUUUCUCCGGUUGAUGUGCGUUUUUGAAAAAAUUGUGUUUGGGAUGUGCUACAGACAAAUAAAUGAGUGACGCCGCACGUACCCAGAGCGAUGUUAUCAAGGACCCAUUACUCAUCAAAUGUGGAAAAGACCUUACGUGUCGCCAAUGAUCUUACAGCCAUCCUACUUCAGACUGACUUUUCCCGGGAUCUGCAACAGUAUCUGUCAAAAUCUCACCCUCGGUAUCACAAUGCCUUGGAAGAGAUACAGAGGGAUAUUUUGUCAGAUGAAGUUAGUGUUCUCGUGGGCGGUGAGCGAUGCGAGGCUAAGCACCAACUUUUAUCAAGAUUUUGUGGUGAUUUAAUCACAAUAGAGUCCUACAGAAAAAUUAGCAACGCCGAUAUUGUGAUUAAAGCUGGAGACGGCCCCGGGGUCAAAGUUUUCAAACGAGGAGAACAGGUUCAUGGCCUGUCUUGUAGGGUUGAAAACGCUCAAAAGGAUGAGCAUAAGGCAAUCAAAGAACAUUUAAAUUCCGUGGCGGAUGAUGUAUCAAUUCUUCGAGGCUGCUAUAUUGAAAUUGUGAAAACAGAUAAGUCAAAGGUGAAUGCGACGUUUCUAGAUGUUCCUGAUGAUUUGGGCGGAUUUGCAAUUAUAAAGGAUUAUUUGAGGCUGACGACCUGUUUCAUUUUCGUGGUGGAUAUCAGCAAUAUUAACGAUAUCCAGAAAUCAAAAAAAGUCCUCGGCAAUAUUAUAUGGAAACUGAAAAACAUUACGCCCUUUCAUGCUGACAAAGUCAUAGUUGUUCCGAACAAACAAUGGAGUAGAAAAUGUGAAACGCUUCCUAAUACAAACCGCCCACCGCGUCCCAGAACUGAAAUAUCUACCCUGGCUAUCACAGACGCGAUGCCUUUCAUCAAAGUGGAAAAUGUAUUUGAUCUACAUUUACUCAAGGACAUUACUCAGUUUGAUAAUUUUGCCGAUCGAAUCAAGAGAGAGGUUCUAUUUGGUGAAGACGAACAAAUGAAGAUCCAUCUUCAAUUCCUGCGUGGACUGGCAUGUAAAGCUAUCAAAAGCAUAUGUGUAAAGGAUGGACUCGUUCAAGCAGACAACCCGAUUUAUGAAGAGAAAAUACAGAAAGUCUCCAAGACAUUGUCUGAUAUACAGCAAGGAUAUUCUAAACUCAGCAGGAGAUCAACUGCAGAUAUUCAAGAUGUUCUUAUUGAGGUGACAAAAAUGGUGAGCACAGCAGAGGAUUAUGACGUGACAGAACCGGAAGACCAGUCGAUAGAUAUUCAGAUUCCUCCAGAAAGGCCUGUAAAAUCCCCUGAAGGAAGGCGGGAAAUAUCAUCAAACAGAGUUGUGGACUCUGCGACUUUGGAUGAGUUAUCAGCGAUAGAUCUUUCAGUCGUCGUUGAUUCAGAUUUCGUAGACCCCGGUGAAGACGAAGCAGACGUUACCCUGGACCCAGAAAGAAAACAAUCAAACGAUACCAUGGAGGAAUGGAACGACUCGGUGGAAAAUGUUGCAGAUGCAGUAUCGCAAUCAGUGCUCGAUCUGAAGCAGGCCGUGGAACUAAGCGAGUCAAUGGCACAAGAGGGGACUCCUAAUGAAAAGUUUCAAUUACUUUCGGCUUUUGUGAAUCAACUCUUGACCAUUGAAGACAUUGAGAAGGAGCUUGAAGGCGUUCAGGAUAAAGCGGAAGUACUUCCUGACAUAGAAAGCUUUGUCGACUCCAAAAUCACCUUCUCAGAGGGACAAGAACGACUUAGCCGUGUAUACGAGUCAUUGGAAAAGAUCAUUUCAUUAAAGGAAUACGACAGUGCCCUGAAGCAAGAACUGGAACUUGUGUGCCCAAAAUACAGAACGGUUCUCUCGACAAGAGCUAAAGAUCUCAAAAGAACAGACUCGUCUAUAGUUGUUGCAGGUGAGACAAAUGCAGGGAAAACGACUCUUCUCAAUAAAAUCAUGGGUCGGCCUAUACUCACCUCGGACCACUUAUCAAACACAGGGCGAGUGUGUCGUGUUCGAAAUUCACAGAAGAAGGGGAUCCGUCUUUACACAAAAGAUAACCAAAUGAUUCAAGAAAUCUUUAUUGACAAAGCGACGGAACUAAAAAAAACAUUAAGGAAAUACUGUGAGAAGAAUGAAGAAAUGUCCCAGGAAACAUUUCAUUACGUCGAUCUUCUAUUCCCAGUGGAUGUUCUGAAAGGGGACGUUGUGAUUGUUGACACACCGGGAAUGAAUGAAGAAGAGAAGGUUAAAUCCAUGCUGGAGGAAUACCUACCAAACGCCCUGUCCUUUAUAUUUGUACUGAAUGUGGCGAAUGAUGGAGGCGUGCAAUGUGAUCGGAUUCCCAAACUGCUGCAACUUAUUCAAGAACACAAAAAGGACAUGCCGUGCUUCGAAGAACAGGAUGUAUUAUUUUUGAUCAACAAAUGGGACACAGUUGCCAUCCCUGAUCUUUUAGUGGACUCAGAUGACGAGGAGGACGAGCAAGAAUUGCAAAUGAAGAACGAAGUACAUAGAAAUGAGGAACUAGACAGGAUCUGGAGGACUGUUGUCCGGAAAAUAAAGGACGUCUGGCCUCUAAAGGACGACAGAAAUGCAUUUCGAAUGACACUUAAAGAACAGGAUCCAAGUGAUGAAUACAUUCGAUUUAAAACGAGGCUUGCAGAUAUGGUCACAAAGACCGAAAACAAAAGGAUGAAGGAACAUUUAUGUUUCCUCAUUGAAUUUGCUCACAAUGCAGAGAGAGGGAUUAAAGCUAGGCUGAGGAUAUUUGACCUUUCUGAAGAAGAUUACCAGGCUAAAAUAUCUCGUAUGGAAAAAGAAAUUAUAGGAAUGGAGGGAAAAUGUAAACAGAUUCAGGAAGAUCUAAAGCAAAAAUUGAAAGCAAAACUAAAACUCUUAAGCACUGAACUUGUCGAAGAUAUGAAUAGUAGUGUGUGGAAAGACAAAGCUCUAAAUCCACCAGACAAAAAACCAAUCAAAGAAAUGCGAUUCAGAGAUCUGGCAACAGAAAUCCCAGCUAGGAUUGAGGACAUGAUCAAGAAGUGGAUGACUGAUGGGGAAUGUCGAAAACAAAUUGAAGAAACCGAAAAAGAAAUGAUAAGAAACUUUGUAACAAUGCAGGAACAAUUGAGUAAAAUUGAGGAGGAUUUGAUGGGCGAGUGUGCUGAAACAGAGUCGGAUUCCAACGUGCCGUUGGUGGUAGGAAUCGCUGCCACUUCCCCGCUAUGGGUACCCCUCCUCCUUAUAGCGGGAGUGGUGUGUUUAGCAGCGGUUGUAAUUCUUCUGCCACUGAUUAUUGCCAAAGCGUAUAAAUAUACACGUGUGGAAAAGAAAGAGAAAGUUAUAAAUAUUAUUUAUGAUAGAUGCAUUCAAAAUCUUGAUGAGAAGGCGAUUAAAAAUUCUCUGAAAGUCGUCGUAAAACCCGUGGAAGACCAGAUAGAAAAAUGUUUUGUGGAAUACAUCCCUGGUCAUUUGAAAAGUAUUACGGAAACGAUAGAGACCCUGAAAAAGGAAAGGGGUUACCUUAAAGAAAGAAAGAAUCUCUUCAACUUCUUGAACGAUACCUUCGUAGAUGUAAGAAAGAAUAUACAUGAUCUUAGAAAAGACCUCAACAUGGCACAAAGAUAGUUGAGUUCUAUCGUGUAUGAUUUCGUGUGUUAGGUUACCCAAAGAACCAUAGCCUAACAUGAUAAUUCGAAUACUUUUCGUAGCAUGUAUGUCCGUUUCCAAACGAUUUCGGUGUACACAACUAUUGUUGAAAAUUAGAUGUACGUGUGGGAUUGACAUCUUUCAAAUUAAGACAAUUCGGAAAUAUUGAAACACAUGGUGGAAUAUGUAGAGGCUCAUACAUUUAAGAAAACCCGGAAAAGGGUUACUCGAAUCCCCUGGUGUGUCCAAGGGUCCGAGUUUGCCCCUUUCUUAAUUCAGCAUUCUUUACAAGAUUCUUUAUAGGUGGAUCACUGUUCUUUAUCUUCAUUUGUUCAUUUCAUUACAGCUUCAAGUUUAUGUUUACUACAAAUGUGUGAUAUAUAUAUGACCUGAACAUGUAAACCUAAACAUUCCGAAGUCCCUCCCCAAAUUUUGGACUAAAUCAUAUAUAUUUCAAUACUUUCAUUGUCAUUUGAUGAUUUGUUUAGCGUAUUGCAAUAUUGUUUCAUAUGUUAUUCUACUUAAUGCAUUACCAUCAAAAAUGGGCAUUGCUGAAGUCAAAGUAAAGUAAGUGUAACAAAUGAUAUCUGGGAUGCAAUUUGUCAUCGUAUUGGUGUAGCUAUGUGUACUUUAUUUUGUAUACACUACAUAUCGAAGAAUUCUAACAACUUUACCGCUUUAUACUUAUGUGAUUUUUUAUGAGAUUGAUCACUGUUCGUUAUCUUCACCUUUCACUAUCGUGUGUGUACGUUUUUGUGCUUAGCGUGAUCUACAUGUGGGUUGUACUAAAGAAUGAUGUUCAGUGUGUAUUAUAGUUUUAAUUACGUUGUAUUACUUCAAUGCAGCAUUAGUAAAGAGAUCUAUCCAUAUUAGUCAUACAUUUUCUUGUUAAUAGAAACGUUACACACCUUUCCCACUUAAAAAGUUGUAAGUGUUGCGAACAAUAAUGUAUAACUCAAAAUAAUCACUACCGCCACUUCAUUUUCACAUGGAGCUAAUGACACACGUCAUAACCCUGACGUCAUGGUUAUGGAGAGGGCUUAUAUAGGCAAUGCCGGCUGUACAAUGUAAAUAGAGAGUGCGUGUGUAUGUGACGUAUGGAUGAGCCACUGACCAAUCAAAUAACAUACUUGUGACUAGUGGACUUUUGUGAGAUGGGCUGACUUUUACAGUCAAGGCUGACUUUGAAACGAGCAUACUAUACGGAAACCUCUUCGUGACAUAUCUGAAUACAUGAAUAAGUGAUGUACAGAAAUGGUCAAGUUGUCCAAACAUUAUAGAGUUGUUCCGGUUCAUUUCCAUACUCUCACUGUUUCUAAAACAGUAAACACUAUGUGACCUAAUAUCCCCAAAAAUAUUUUUGGUCACCUGAUCUAAUGCAAUUGGUCAGCAUCCGUCGUCGUGCUCCGUGCGUGAACACUUGACCAUUCUUAACGUCUUCCUAAUACUGUAACUGCCAUUCCAUUUUUUUUUCAAAUCUGGUAUGAAGCAUCUUGGAGACAAGGGGGGGGGGGGGGGGGGGGGGAGGUAAAUCAUAAAUUUCAGGACAUCUGCACGGAAGGAGCAAAAAUUGACCAAUGUUAAAAUAUUCCUUACAUUUGUAAGAAAAUCUGGUCAUGUAGAGCUGUAAGGCCUCUACCGAAAUUGUAAAUUUCAUGAUAUCGGGGUAGACGUUCUGACUCCAGGACGGGGCCAAACUAGGAACUAGUAUUUAGUGUUUAUGUGUAAACCAUUUAAAAAUAGCAUAGAUCUUCUUCAAUGCUAUGCCGUGGGCCAUUUGUUAGUUAAAUAUUUUAGAUGAAACAGUUCAAGUUCCAUCCCCGCCAAGCUCUGUUUUUAUAUGUCAGUUACUGAGUAUUGAAAAGAUUGGAGAAAGGGGACCAAACGUAUGGCUUUCAUAACGUACUAGGAUUAUUUUUCAAUAUUUACGUAUUACAUAUUGGAUAGAAUGAAUAGAUAUAAAAAAAAAUCAACGGGGUUCGAAUUGACUGCUAUCUAAUAUGGCUACCUCUACAAACAUAAUCAAUUGAAGAUAUGCGUUUUCGGUUCACAUACGGCUUUAAUAAAUGUUUGGACAGAAAUACGGUAUACUGGGAAAAUAUGUUAGGAAUUUUUUGAUAUUAUGAUGCAAGAAUACAACGACCUACGCCGUAAAUCGGAAGUUUUUAUAAUUGGUGGAUUUGUAGCUCUCUGGUAUAUCCAACUAUUCCCCCAUAGAGCUACAUAUCUACAUUAGUGCAGAUGCACAUGUAAUUCCGAAGUAGGUCGAGGGAUGAAAUAGGCUAUGCCUGCUGCUGAAUCCCAUUCACUUAUUAGUGAAUAGAAUAUUGUUUAAAUAAAAAUUCCGAAUUGUAGGUACGCUUAUCAUGUUCUGUGUGGUAUCUGUGUGUGUUUGAUUGAAUAAAGUUGUGUAACAACGUCA